AGACAAAGGUCCAAGUGAGGACCCUUAGCCCGAGGAGUGGCCCAUGGAGGACAGCCACGGUGAUGUGAUCCGGCCCCUGCGGAAGCAGGUGGAGCUGCUCGUCAACACACAUUACACCAAGGCCAUUGGUAUCUCGGAGCCCGUCAAGGUGCCGUACUCCAAGUUUCUGAUGCACCCGGAGGAGCUGUUGGUGGUGGAGCUGCGUGAAGGCAUCUCCCUCCACAGGUCCAACUGCUUCGGGAUCGCCAAGUUCCAGAAGGUUCUGAAGGCCAGCAAUAGCAUCCAGUUUGUCUUCAAGAGGCCUGAGCUGCUCAAAGAGCCCAUCGUGGAGAGUCAAGGAACUGCCUCCUCACUUGGCGUCUCUCCCCCUGCCCUGCCCCCAGAGAGGGACUCCGGGGACCCUCUGGUGGACGAGAACCUGAAGAGACAGGGCUUUCAAGGUGAUUUAUAUGUUUCUAUUGCAAAUUGA